AUGGAGAGAAAGACGCAAGGUCAACGUGGCAGACAGGCUUAUUACGGUAAUAACAACUUUCUAUUAAAAAUGUCUGGGCUGGGAUGUUGGUGGCCAGGGGGGUGUGCGUCUUGGGCGUUUACUAACUGGUACUGUAGCGCUGCGUUUCACCUGUUGUAUCGGUCGUCACCUCCGUCUCUAACCCUUGUAGGCGUGUUCCGCAACUGA